GCGCAGUUGCUAGUAUCACGCUGCUUUUAAGGCGCUGUGGGUCGUCCAGUCCAAGUCGCGUCUGUACGUAUGCUUCAUUACGUACCCACUACGCUGAGCUUUACGACGCCCUCCGUGGAAGGAUUUAAUGUCACAGCCGUCGUGGAAUAACUUUCCUGCACGUUGUUUUUUAGCACCUCCGUUCGCCCACUGUGUAAAAUCUGAAAGCUUCGCAAUAAGGAGAGCCCCAUAACAGGAAUCAUGCCGCUGAAUUCAGUUUUGGCGAAUAAGAAUUACGAUUACGACUACGACUCGCUGCAGCCCUUUUUCUACUAUGACAACGAGGAGGAGGACUUCUACCCGGAGCAGCCGCAACCUCCGGCGCCGAGCGAAGACAUCUGGAAGAAAUUCGAGCUCCUCCCGACCCCUCCCCUCUCCCCGAGCCGCCGGCCGUCCCUGUCCAGUCUCUUCCCCUCCACCGCCGACCAGCUGGAGAUGGUCACCGAGUUCCUCGGCGACGACGUGGUCAACCAGAGCAUCAUCUGCGACGCAGACUACUCGCAGACCUUCCUCAAGUCCAUCAUCAUCCAGGACUGCAUGUGGAGCGGCUUCUCGGCGGCGGCCAAGCUGAAGAAGGUGGUAUCGGAGCGACUGGCCUCGCUGCAAGCAGCGCGAAAAGACGCCGCUGCUGCAGCCGCUUCGGUGGAUCCGGCUGCGGGUGCUGCGUGGAGGCUGAACAGCAGCUACCUGCAGGAUCUCAACACGUCCGCGUCGGAGUGCAUUGAUCCGUCUGUGGUUUUUCCCUACCCGGUGGCGGAGACGCCCAAGCAGACUGCAGGGACAGUGCGCAGCAAGGAUCUGGGGCUGGACACGCCGCCCAACAGCGGGAGCAGCAGCAGUUGUAGUGACUCAGAAGAAGAAGAAGAUGAUGAUGAGGAUGAAGAAGAUCAGGAGGAGGAGGAAGAAGAAGAAGAUGAGGAAAUCGACGUGGUCACCGUAGAGAAAAGGCACGCGGUGAAACGGUGCGACCCCAGCCCGCUGGAGAGCCGGCACGCAAGCCCACUGGUGCUGAAGAGAUGCCACGUCUCCACUCACCAGCAUAAUUAUGCCGCCCAUCCAUCCUUGAGGCACGAGCAGCCGGCUGUCAAGAGGCUGAAGCUGGAGAGCAGCAGCAGCAUCACCACCGCAGCAGCAGCAGGAGGAGGAGGAGGAGGGGGAGUGAGCGGAGGGAGCUCCAGCAGGGUCCUCAAACAGAUCAGCAGCAACCGCAAGUGUUCGAGUCCGCGAACAUCUGACACCGAGGACUACGACAAGAGAAGGACUCACAACGUGCUGGAGCGCCAGAGGAGGAACGAGCUCAAGCUGAGCUUCUUCGCCCUGCGAGACGAGAUCCCAGAGGUGGCCAACAACGAGAAGGCGGCCAAGGUGGUAAUCCUGAAGAAGGCGACAGAGUGCAUCUACAGCAUGCAGUCAGAUGAACAGAGACUCGUGUCACUCAAGGAGCAGCUGAGGAGGAAAAGUGAACUUUUAAAGCAGAGACUUGCACAGCUACAGGGUUCUCGUGUUUAAAAGAUAACAUUUAAGACUUGUUUUUCUUUUUUUUUGUUAUGAAAGUUCAAGAAUUGAUGUACAUUUGUUGCAUGCAGAUGUUCGAUGGGUUGAAUUAUUUGGAAUCUUUGAUUUCAAUGUUUAAACUGCCUCAACUGAAGUUAUGGGUGGAUAAAAUAUUUAAAAGUUUAUUUUUAUUAAUAAAAUGUUUAAAAUGAGUCUGUCCUGUUCACAGACAGCUCAAAGUAAAAUAUACAUUUUUAUGUUUUGUAAAUAGGUAAUAUUUCUUAAGAAAAUGUAUUUUUCAAUUGCAAAUGUCUGGGUGAGACUCACAUUUUUUUGUUUUGUUUUCUUUUACAAUAUGUUCUUUGAUCUCUUUUGAAUUAUAAAAAAAUGUUUUCUUGAA